AUGAGUGUCAACCUGACGAUCUCCACGGACUUCCUGUUACUGGCCUUGUCUGACCUCCCGGAGCUCAAAGUGUUUCUUUUUUGCAUUCUCCUUCUCCUCUACCUUGUAACACUAACAGGUAACGCGGUCAUUAUUUUAGUGUCACAGCUGGAUAAACACCUUCACAAGCCAAUGUACUUCUUUUUGAGCAAUUUAGCUUUCCUGGAUAUCUUUUAUAUGUCAACCACAAUGCCCAAAAUGUUACAGGUUCUUCUAGCCGAGACCAAGUCAAUCACAUUUGUCGGCUGUGCGACUCAGUUGUACCUCUUUGUGGCAUGUGUAGGGACUGAGCAUGUCCUUCUUUUGAUAAUGUCUUACGAUAGAUUUUUAGCUAUAUGUCGCCCUCUCCGAUAUACGGUCAUGAUGAGCCAAAACGUUUGUGCCAGCUUGGCCUUUGUGUCCUGGUUUUGUGGUUUUGUGAACUCCACAGUUCAUACCGUGUUCACCUUUCGCCUUCAUUUUUGUGGAACCAGACAGAUCAGUUAUUUUUUUUGUGACAUCCCACCACUCCUUUCCCUUUCCUGCGAUGAUACAUCCGUAAAUGAGGCCCUGUUGCUCUCCAUCGGGGUUUUUAUUGGGUGGGCCCCAUUUGUGAGCAUUAUCCUCUCAUACAUAUACAUAAUUGUCACAAUAAUGAAGAUCAGAUCUGAAGAAGGGAGACAAAAAGCUUUUUCUACGUGUGCUUCCCAUCUUAUUGUUGUCAUCCUGUAUUACGGAAGCGCCAUCUUCAAUUACCUGAGACCAAUUUCUUCAUAUUCUUUAAGUAAGGAUCGGCUGAUCUCAGUCCUGUACGGUAUGGCGAUUCCAAUGCUGAACCCAGUGAUAUAUACCUUGAAGAAUCAGGAGGUCAAAGAAGCAGUCAGCAGACAGUUCAUUCAAAUAUCGAACUCUAAACUUGCAAAUCUGUAA